UGCCGCUAAAGUAAUAGAAAGUAAUGAAUUAGGCAUUGAUAUGCUCUCAUUCAUGCAUGUAUCACAGGUGUAUUGAAUGUAAGUAAAGUAUAUAUGAUGAAUGAGCAAAUUUAAAUAGUAUUCUAUGUAUAUCGUUGUUUGUAAACAAGUACGGUGAGACGAUGCUACCUCAUUUUGUUUACUUGUUACAAUCCUGGCCGAAUGAGCAUGCGCAGUGACUGAGGAAUCGAACAAGUAGUGGGGUCUUUUUUGCGGAUGUUGUUCGCUAGUUUAGUGAAUAUUGCUAAAAGACGCCCGGUAAAUUUGUGCAAAACAUAUUUUCUUCUCUACAUAUUAACUGUGAAAGUGUAUUAGAUCAUUUUGUAGUUGAGGAUACCGUUGAUCGGAUUCGGUGUCAUCAUAAAACAAGCGCGGGGUAUCAUGAUAAUAUUAUUGUGUGAUAGCGCUAGCUAUGUGUGAGGUGGGUAGAGUGUAUGCGAAUGCACUCGCUACCCACACACCCGGGGGUACAUUCGGCAUGUUCAUGUACAAUGGCAACCUUGACACUUGGUGAUCGUUUUUGGCGGCUUCGUCCCGCUCCUACUGAAAUCGUAUCUGGUAGAAUCGCGUCGCGAGUGAAAGCGGCGGUGGCCAUUCUGCAAAAUUUCCGACAGUUUGGCAGUACCGGAUCAUUGAAAUAUUACGCGUUUUAGAAUCACAAUACGUUACGGUUCUGUUUGCUUCCGCGACUAUAACUGUUUUAUUUGUGGCAUAUUUCGUGUACAUUUGUUUUUAAACAGACUAUAUUACACAAACAGAAUGUUUACUGAAUAUAUUUUGCGCGUAUACUGAAAGCUGAAGAAACAAAUCAUUAGAGUAUGAUAUUGAUGUAAACUACAGACAUUUUUUCGGUACGGUUUCUGCGUACCACUUUUGAUGUGUGCUUUAGCUUCCUGAAAAUACGCGUUUAGAGUAAACGGCAAAAGAGACGAAUAUUGUGUAAAAUGUGUAAUUUAUAAAAUAAUUAAUUGUCGUCAUGUGUAAAAGAUUUUAUCAUGGAAGACACAUUACAUUUUCGUUCAUGGUGUUAUGUAUAAAAUGACUAUCACAUGCAUAGUUAAUGCGCAGAUACUGAAGUGAAGUUUUUUUUUUAAAUUUAAAAACUGACAAUGUUUAUGUGAUUCCAAGUAAAGUGUGAUUAUCAGUUUUGUACGUCUCGAUUCGAAUACCGGUUUUACGAAAUAGGCAAAAUGGCUCAAAUGGAACAGCUACCAAUUCAAUUGCCAGACUUAAGUAGUCUUCGCAUAACUACAGCAGUCUCUAUGCUUGGCAAAGCAUAUGGAUGUGGACAAUGUAGUGCUCCCCCACCUGGACCCACAACAAGUUCUUCUGUGGGAGCAGCUGGAUCAACUGGGAGCAGUGUCGUUGCUCCUAGCUCUUUAGGACUUGUUCCUGCACAGCAGACACACACUCCUCCUCAACCUCCUGAACUGCCAAUGUUUUCGUGUCCUCGGAGACCAAAUAUAGGACGUGAAGGCAGACCAAUUGGUUUAAGAGCUAAUCACUUUCAAAUUACAAUGCCACGUGGUUUUGUGCAUCAUUAUGAUAUUAACAUUCAACCAGAUAAAUGUCCUCGUAAAGUUAAUAGGGAAAUAAUAGAAACGAUGGUUCAUGCAUAUAGUAAAAUAUUCGGAACUCUUAAGCCUGUGUUUGAUGGCAGAAAUAAUUUAUAUACGAGGGACCCUUUGCCUAUUGGUACUGAUAAAAUAGAAUUAGAAGUAACACUGCCUGGUGAGGGUAAAGACAGAGUUUUUAGAGUGGUGAUAAAGUGGGUGGCUCAAGUUUCAUUAUUUGCUUUAGAAGAAGCUCUAGAAGGACGUACAAGACAAAUUCCAUAUGAUGCUAUACUUGCUUUAGAUGUUGUAAUGAGGCAUUUACCAUCUAUGACAUAUACUCCUGUAGGUAGAUCAUUCUUUAGUACACCAGAUGGAUAUUAUCAUCCACUAGGUGGUGGUAGAGAAGUAUGGUUUGGUUUCCAUCAAUCUGUUAGGCCAUCACAGUGGAAGAUGAUGUUAAAUAUUGAUGUCUCUGCAACUGCAUUUUACAAAGCCCAACCUGUCAUAGAAUUUAUGUGUGAAGUAUUAGACAUUCGAGACAUAAAUGAACAAAGAAAGCCUCUAACAGAUUCUCAACGAGUUAAGUUUACCAAAGAAAUUAAGGGACUCAAAAUUGAAAUUACACAUUGUGGAACUAUGAGACGGAAAUACAGAGUGUGUAACGUUACACGUAAACCUGCCCAAAUGCAGUCAUUCCCUUUACAACUAGAAAAUGGACAAACAGUUGAAUGCACUGUUGCAAAGUAUUUCUUAGAUAAAUAUAAAAUGAAGUUACGUCAUCCGCAUCUUCCGUGUCUUCAAGUUGGACAAGAGCAUAAGCACACAUAUCUACCCCUCGAGGUCUGUAAUAUCGUCGCCGGGCAACGCUGUAUUAAAAAAUUGACUGAUAUGCAGACAUCCACUAUGAUAAAAGCUACAGCUCGUUCUGCUCCAGAUCGUGAACGAGAAAUAAAUAAUUUAGUUAGAAGAGCUGAUUUUAAUAAUGAUUCGUAUGUUCAAGAAUUUGGUCUGACAAUAUCAAACAAUAUGAUGGAAGUUAGGGGUCGUGUUUUACCUCCGCCCAAGCUACAAUACGGAGGGCGUGUAAGUUCCCUCAGUGGACAGACAAAGCAGCAAGCUAUGCCUAAUCAAGGUGUAUGGGACAUGCGCGGCAAGCAAUUUUUCACAGGUGUGGAAAUUAGAGUUUGGGCAAUUGCUUGCUUCGCGCCUCAAAGAAAUGUACGCGAGGAUGCACUGCGUAUGUUUACAACACAGUUACAAAAAAUAAGCAACGAUGCUGGAAUGCCAAUUAUUGGGCAACCAUGUUUUUGUAAAUACGCUACCGGGCCGGAUCAAGUAGAGCCCAUGUUUAGAUAUUUAAAAUCAACAUUUCAAUCGUUACAACUUGUUUGCGUUGUAUUACCUGGGAAAACGCCUGUAUAUGCCGAAGUGAAAAGAGUUGGGGACACAUUACUGGGUAUAGCAACGCAAUGCGUACAAGCAAAAAAUGUUAAUAAAACAUCGCCGCAGACGUUAUCCAAUUUGUGUCUAAAAAUUAACGUAAAAUUAGGGGGUAUUAAUAGUAUUCUGGUACCAAGUAUCAGACCUAAAGUAUUCAAUGAACCUGUCAUAUUUUUGGGGGCUGAUGUAACUCAUCCUCCUGCUGGAGAUAAUAAGAAACCUAGCAUAGCUGCAGUUGUUGGUAGCAUGGAUGCUCAUCCAUCUCGAUAUGCGGCUACUGUUAGGGUUCAGCAACACAGACAAGAAAUUAUUCAAGAACUCAGUUCAAUGGUGAGAGAACUUCUUAUCAUGUUUUAUAAAAGUACCGGGGGAUAUAAGCCACACAGAAUAAUUCUUUAUCGUGAUGGUGUCUCGGAAGGCCAGUUUCUACACGUUUUGCAACACGAAUUAACUGCUAUUCGUGAGGCUUGCAUUAAACUCGAAGCUGAUUACAAACCUGGAAUAACAUUCAUCGUAGUACAGAAGAGACAUCACACCCGCUUAUUCUGUGCAGAUAAAAAGGAACAAAGUGGAAAAAGUGGAAACAUUCCAGCGGGUACAACGGUAGAUGUUUGUAUAACGCAUCCAACUGAAUUCGACUUUUAUCUGUGUAGUCAUCAAGGCAUCCAGGGCACAUCACGGCCGUCACACUAUCACGUUCUGUGGGACGAUAAUCAUUUUGAAAGUGAUGAAUUACAAUGUCUUACUUAUCAACUUUGUCACACGUAUGUGAGAUGUACGAGGUCUGUUAGUAUACCUGCACCAGCAUAUUAUGCUCAUCUUGUAGCAUUCCGAGCCAGAUAUCAUUUGGUAGAAAAGGAACAUGAUAGCGGGGAAGGAUCUCAUCAAUCAGGUUGCAGUGAAGACAGAACACCAGGUGCAAUGGCAAGAGCUAUUACAGUUCAUGCAGACACAAAGCGAGUUAUGUACUUUGCAUAAUUCUUCAAAAAAAUUUUUUUUUUACACGAGCAACUGAUACCAGAUAAUGAUAAUCAUAUCUUGAGCACGAAUAUUUCUAGACUAUUUAAAUGCUAAACAAUCUUCUUGAGUGGUCAAUUUUUUUACUUACUUUUAUAAUCAAACGAAUCUGUCCAAUACCCGAGAUAGGUCGAGCAACUUUAUAUUGAGUUUAUUUCCUCCCUUUUUUUUAUAUUUUAUUUAACAUAUUGUCGACCAGGUGUUGGAUAGGUAUUCUAAACAUUCUAGCGAGUAGGUUUUUAAAGAGGUGCUUUUAGUUAAUCAUGUUUUAGAUUAGAUUAAGGCAUACGCAGCUUGACUGAUGUGAAAUUUCGCGCCAAAAACCAUGUGAACAAACAGUUUAAGAAAAAUAUCAGCUGCCGUGCAUAUUACGCUUAUUUUGUUCUUUUCUUUUUUUUUCCUUUUUUUUUUUAAAUAGAGAUUAAAUUAUCUCUAGCAUUUGUAUGAUACAAAAAAGAAAAAAAAUUACAUUACAACAUAAAUUUACGAUUGUAUAAAUCGCUUCUUGCGAAACUGUUAUCUUGUUGUUUAUGCGUAGUUAUCAUUUAAAUCAACCAAUUUUUGUAAGAAGAAAAAUUUAGACUUACGGGUCGUGCGAUUAUAAAAAUAUUGACAUGUACUAUUGUCACGCUUAAGCAUAUUUACUAUUAUGCUCAUGAGACUAUGAUUCUCUACGAUAUCAUAUUCAUCAUACUUAUAUUUAUUGUGAGUACUAAAAAAAUUGGCCACGUCAAGUAAUAAAUUAUCGAUAGGGAGAUGCAAAUGAAUAAAAGGUUUGUAAAUGUUAAUUGUCGAGGUCUCUAAGCCAAUGGCCAAAGUAAGUUAAGAAUCUGUUAUAAUGAAAUCCAAAGUUGUGGCAAGUUGAUAAAGCAUAGUGUUAUGUAAUAUCUUUAGCGUUGUAAAAAAAAAAAACAUCGUGCCACAUUUGCUGAAUGAUAUCUUCUGUAUGACGUGUAUAUCAAUCAGUCUAAAUCUAAUGUCAUCUUUUAUGGGGGGGGGGGGGAUUAUUUGAAAUGCUUUAACUAUCGAAUAAAACUAAAUCAAGUAUCUUCCAUGUAAUUAGUCACGAUUCAAAGUAAUUAACACAUAACUGGAAGAUCAUUCUUUUAAUUGUAAAUGGAAUGAAGCAUAUGAUUGAAUGCAAUUAUCUUUGUACAGAAGUUUAGUAUUUUACAUUUAAAUAGUUUGAUAUUAACUGCAAACUCGAAAAUACAUACUCUAUUUCUUUUAGUUCCACUGACAUUAACUUGCACACGUGAAGCAGGAAUUAUAGACACCUACAUCAACAAAGUUACGAUGCAGCUUGAACUGUUAUAAUAACUUUAUUCGUAUAAGAAUUUUGAGGCUUUCACGGCUCGAUUUGUUACAGAUAAUGUAGCUUGAGAUUUUCGGGUGUACACUGUGUUCAAAAGAAAAGUACCUCCAAUGUUUUACUAGCAGUGCAACUAGCUUCAUCAAGAAUCUAAAAACGCGUUAAUACCUAUGUUCAUCAGACUGUACAGUCUUUAUAUAGUACCCACGUUCAUGUUCCAGUUCACGGCCUGCUGAUCAAUUUAAAAACAGUAAAAAGGUACUCUGAAUAAAAUUAAAACAGUAACCGGUAUCUCUGUUAGUUUUGCUCAGGGGGAUUUCAUAAUUUCUAUUGAUAAAGUUAUCUGUACUCCUGAUAAAAUGUUAGAAAUACUUUUCUUCCAGACAUGGUUCACACCUGAUAGUCUUAAACAGUAUUCACAUCAACGAAGGUAAACAAAUUACCUUUAUUUAAUGUUUAAAACAUAAAUUGUUAUCCCUUCGGGUAAAAAUGAUUAAAUUGAAUGUACAUAUGGCAUUAGAUCUGGGCUGAUGAUGAAGCCCCAUCAAUGCAAAAAAUGAUUCAAAUAAGAUUAGGGUAAGGAUAAUUCAGUAAUUGUAGUAUAGAUUAGAAGUAUAAUAAUGAAAUUAUUAGGAUAAGUUACGUUUUAUUUGUUAUGUAACGCAAAUUUUAAGGUCCUUCAACUUUUUUAAUCUUAAUGGAGUUCUUUAUUCACGAUUCGUCCGAGUGAUGGGUGUGUAUUUAAAAUGGAACAAUAAUCUUAAUCGGCACAGUAACAGUACUAAGAGCCUUUCAAGCAACUACAAUGUAGAAGCAAUAGAUAGGAUAAUGAAGUGUAUAAAUAUGUAUUGAAUGUCGUGCGCCAUAAAUUGUUUAUUGCAUAUCGUUAGAAUCAUUGAUACAUCGAUAAUGUUUUUAACGACAUCCAUCGUUCCAAGCAUAGGUUGUAAUCGUUUUAUUAUUUGAUUUAUAAAGCAGUAUUAAAAACAACUAAGGAUAAAGAUCGUUGCAUGAUUUAAAUAAAACAAAAACCAAACUUAUAAACUCUUAUGUAAUGUAUAUGUAUAUAGAACUAAUGAGUAUUUCAAUGAUGUUUCAUAAUAUAUUUCCUUUCUUUUUUUUCAAUCUAUGAAUGUGAACUUAAACACAGAUUAAUUUUAUUCAGAUGAAAAAUAUAUUUAAAUGAAUGUUGAUCAAGCUGGCAUGUAGAGUUUGUGUAAAAUUCUGUAUUAAUGAUUCUAACAUAGAACUUGCGAGUGAUAAAUGUUAAUCUUAUCUCGAAAAGUAUGAAAAGGACCUUAAUCUAUCAAUAAUAUUUAUUCUAGUUAUAAUAUUAAGUCCGUAAUGUAUAGGGUAUCGCUUACAGUUACAACAUUUAAUACCUAGUUUCUGACUUUGUGAAAGAAAGAAAGAUAAUGAUAAUUAGGUGAAAUUUGUUAAAACAUGAUUUCGACGCUGAUAAAAGGUCGAAGCGUAAUUUUGUGACGUUCGUUAAGAUAGAUUUCUGUAAUUGAAUCAAUUACAAAAAUGAUCGAGGGCAGCGGAUAAAUAAACGCAAAUUAGCGAAUGACGACGGUGUAGUUAAAGUAAGAGAGAUGAAGCUAUGAGUCUUUGAGCAAUGAGAGAGGAUACAACAAACAUAAAAAAAAAAAAGAAUUUAUUAUUCGUGUUGUUAAGGGUGUAAUGGAACCAAAAUGACGGACGUGUAAGAAGUAUAGAAGUGAAAAAAUUACGAAUCAAUAUUGAAUCGUAAUGAGGCCAUACAGAUCUAUUAGAUUUUAAGUAAAUCUAAAAAAAAAAAAAAAAAAAAA